AGUUCCUACAAAAACACGGAUUCACCAGCCAAUCGAUAUUUGCUGACCACUUCGCGCAGGAUAAUUGAAACGCCGAUUUGAAACUGUGAACGUGUCGCUGUCUAAAAACUUUGAGGUUAGGAUUACGGAUAGCGUAGGAUAGUGAUUGACGACGAAAGUGGAGUAAACUCGAUCAUUCGUUCAACGUGAAUUCGAGGAGACAUCAGGAGAUACGUGUAUUUUCUUGAGAGGUUAUGGUCACUAUGGGUGCAGCAGAGAAUUCCGUUAUAAAAAUCAAUAAGUGGGACGGCUCAGCUGUGAAAAAUGCCUUGGACGAUGCAGUUAAGGAUGUACUUACGAAAAAGUAUAACUACAUAGAAAAUUUUUCUCUUCUUGAUGGAAGACUGUUCCUCUGUGGAAUCACCGUUACAAUAGCUAUCGUAGCAUUGUUGUGUGAUUACUUAUAUCCAUUCCCUGCCUCCAAGCCUGUUUUAAUAGCCUGCGUCUCUUUCUAUUUCCUUCUAAUGGGUCUCUUGACUUUAUAUACGACAUACAAAGAGAAAGGCAUAUUUGUAGUUGCAAUUCAAAGAGAUCCAGCAGGUUUUAAUCCAGACAUGAUUUGGGAGGCAAGUUCCUACUUAAAGAAAUAUGAUGACAAAUACAACUUGAUACUGUCAAUUAGAAGCGCAUCAAUGGGAAUCUUUAAUGAGACAAGUGUGACCAAAUCCGUUGCAAAUUUCAUUGAUGUUAAUGGCGUGGUGAUACCGGAACUGAUAGAAACUGUGGUAACGAACAUGCAUGACAGUCUGACGUCGCAGCGCAAAGAGAAGUAGCAGCGUACUGAGAUCUAACUCAGUAAAGCUUUUUUUUCUCUAAAGUAAAUAAUUUUUUAAUAAAAUUGUUUUCAGAAGUAUUCUGAAAUACAUUCAAUUCACGUUUUCAAUCUCGUGUAACGAUGUAAAUAACACGUAAAAGUAAGAAGCCAAGCGUUUUCAUUUAUAUAUUGUAAUUAUUGUAUUUGACAGGCAUAAUGAAACGAGAACAUAUUAUAAACUUUUUUUCUAAACAAA